AUUUUCCCCCGAUCACUUUGAACCGCCAUCUGAUAAAAUCGAAAGGUCUACGAAGAGAUCAGUUCAAUUAGCAACUAUGGGAUAUAUUGAUGACGUAUUUGGAAGUAGUAGCAAGGCCAUGUCUGAACAGAAAAAAAGAAAAGUAGAGACCAGUAAUGAUCCCAAUGUAUGGCUGAAGUGGUACCAUGAACUAAGUGAUGAAAGUGAUCUGAGCGAAAGCUCUAAGGAUGAAGAUGAAAGUGAGAAAGAGGAAGAAAAUAUACUGACAGAGAGUGAGCAUAAUACAGAAUCGGAACAAGAGGUUGCAGAAAGUGAAGAAGUUGAAAGUGACGAAGACGUGCCUUUAGUUUCUUCUAGUUUCUACAUUGGGAAGGACAAAAUAACGAAAUGGAGAAAAGCGAAUCCUCCACGAAAUGUGAAAACAAGGUCCCGUAACAUUAUUAUUCAUUUACCAGGACCCAAAGGUAAAGCACGAGAAGUGAAAACAGAAGUAGCAGAUUCAGAACUCUUUUUAGACGACAUUAUUCUCAAAACAAUUACAGCGUGCACUAAUAUUUAUAUAGAGAAAACACGUCAAGGAUUUACAAGGGACAGAGAUGCAAGGAGUACUGAUGAGAUAGAAAUAAGGGCAUUUAUUGGAUUGUUGUUUCUUAUAGGCACCAUGAGAUGUUCUCGUAAAAAUAUUCAUUUACUAUGGGAUAACUCCAAGGGAAAUGGCAUUGAAUCAUGUUAUCUUACUAUGAGUGAACAAAGGUUCCGUUUCCUUUUGAGAUGUUUGAGAUUUGACAACAUCAAUGACCGUAACAUGCGUAAAGAACUUGAUAAAAUGGCAGCAAUUAGGGAAGUGUUUGAACUAUUCACCAAUAAUUUUGAGAAAUAUUUCUCACCGAGUGAAUAUCUAACUAUAGACGAGCAAUUGCUUGCGUUUAGAGGUAGUGCAGCUUUCCGCCAGUACAUCCCCAAUAAGCCAAGUAAAUAUGGUAUUAAAACAUUUGCUUUGGUUGAUGCUAAAACAGCUUAUACUAUGAAACUGGAAACCUACCUGUAUGAAGAAAAUUUCGACGACAUCUCAACUUUUCACAAAGUUGAUCUACUGAAGAAAGGAAGCAGGAUAUCGGUUGAAGAAGACAAUAUAGAAGUUGGUAGAAUACAGGAGAAAAGAGGGGGAAACACAUCAGGAAAAUUGUCGAACCUGAGGGAGCAACUAUAUAAAUAA